ACCGUGUUCUAGUUGGAACUCUGCAUGUGGCUGCUGCUGUGCUGGGAAGAAGGCAGUCUUUUGCUGGCUGUAUAUGUAUGUAUAUAUGAGAAAAGUUCCUGACGUGAAAGAUCCCUCUGAUCUCCCCAUGCUGUCGAUUGAUAUGGACAACAAGGAAAAUGGAUCCCUUCACACAGAAAACUUGGUAGAGAAUGGAAGACCUCCUGAUCCAGCUGAUUGGGCAGUUACAGAUGUUGUGAAUUAUUUCCGGACGGUGGGCUUUGAAGAACAGGCGAAUGCUUUUCAAGAACAGGAAAUUGAUGGGAAGUCUUUACUACUGAUGACAAGGAACGAUGUGUUGACGGGACUUUCAUUAAAACUGGGGCCUGCACUGAAGAUCUAUGAAUAUCACGUAAAACCCCUUCAGACACAGCAUCUCAAGAACAGUUCUCUAUAGUGAAUUGCCCAGAUGGAACUGUAUAGUGUUUCUUCAAUUCAGUGUAAAUAGACAGCAUUGAUUUCAUGCUGAUAGGACUUCGUAAAAAAAGACAGCGUAAAGAAUUAAAAACCAAAUGGCACUGAUAUAGAAACAAAUAUAUAUAUUUAUAUAUAUCCUAUUGGAUAGCUUUAGCAAUAUGCUGUAUGGUGAUUACUGUACUGAUGAGGGAAUCAAAUCUUUAUGCAGGGAUGUGACCAGCUAAGUAUUCUUUCUUCAGUGGCUGUAUUGAAAAACUAAGGUAAGUUAAAAGAGAGGAAUUGCUGUCAAAGCAAGAUAAAAAGGGAUUUUUUUAAAAACAAAUGCUGUUUAAAAGAUAAGUAUGCUGUCCACUAUGAAAUUCUCACAGCACUGCCCUCGUGCUCCUGCAGAAUCCUCACUCAUGUCAGUGGUGCCUGAGAAGAAUUUCAACAUUGGGUUUCACCUUCAUUUUGGAGCAUGCUGCCUGGGGUUGGUUCUGCAAAAGUUGAUCCUGGUUUUUCGACCUUCAACUCAAGGUGGUGUUCUUUCUUAACCUUAGGAAGAAGUUUUGAAGUUGUGGAAAUCACUCCCUUUUGUUUUGCCAACAGUUCCUACUUUUGACCUCAUUACAGUUCAUUCAUAGCCUAUUACGCUCUUAAGAAGUGGUGCCUGGUGCCAGGCCAGCAUCUUUUGAGAGCAAAAGAAACAGCCCCACAGAGGCAGUGAUGCUGUGAAAUUUCUGCUGUUGCUCCUAGAUUGUGCUUAAUGUUCUUUGACGUUUACAGGACCUUUUGGGGAAAGUAGUUUUUUAACAUUUUGUUGCUUUGUGAGACAAAGUUUGUUUUAUUGUUCUAAGAUAUAACUUAUUUGUUAACGGUUUUGCUCCAGAAGUAUAAAAAAUGGUAAAUAUGCAUAUUUUAAAAAAACAUUUUGUGUUUUGUGGUGAUGUAAGAAACUGUAUGCUAUAUGAGCUGAACACUUGUUUUUUGAAAAGCUAACGACGCUGUGAAUGCUGAAAAGUUUAACAAAUGCUGUGAAUCGUUCAAGGAAGAUACUCUCAUUCAAUCUGUUUUGACCAGUUCCUCUUUUAAUCUGCAAAUUUCUUAUGUCAACAAGGUUGUUGCUUCUAUUUCAUUCAAUUUGCUAUUGAGCUUUUCUUUGGAAAUUUUUGUCUUUUGUUGCAUACCUUGUAUUCCAAUACAGAAGAUGACCCUUAAAUACAGUUGGAAGGUCCUCUAUUCCUUUUCACAACUGUGACAUGCAGAAUUUGAAGAGGGAUGUUGUGUUGGAUGGGGUGUAGCUUCUCUUCUGAAAAAAGUUGCGUUGAGAAUUUCUGCUCUGGAGAAGGUCCUCCACCAGAAGACAUUAGCAGCCUCAUAUUUUGAUUCACCCGUAGAUUUAUCAAAACGUUUUGACCUGUGGAACACAAGAAGCAUCUGUCAUGAUUAGUAUUCAAAUUAACAGGCAAUAUGACUGAAAGAGCAGUGCAUGGUCUCAGUUACGAUGUGUGGUAUGUGUAUGUUGGAGAGGAGGUGUCUAUUACUUCUCCAUUGUUUCACUCUUGAAUGAUGGAAGCCCCCCAAGAUCUCUUUGAUUAUACCUGGUAUUUUGUGUUUCAAAACAUAACAUCUGCCAAUUUUGCACACAUUUCAUCACUCAUAUUCACAUACAAGGUGGGCAAAUUGGCUUAUAUUGCUAUACUGUAUUCUACAAGUAUUUUCUCUGCCUCUAUUUUUUCACGAGUACCCAUGCAACUCACACUAUUGGAUUCUGUGUUAAUGUUUUUUAUACAUUACAUGUACAUGCUUGGCAAAAUUACACAA